AGAAUCUCAGUCUGAUUAUGAAACCAGAACCUUACCUGCUUCCAUAAAAGGCCAAACGUAAAACGAUCAUCUUCCACCUCCACUUCUGUUCCCCUAUAUAUACAAGAACAACAGCAAAGAAAAAGAACCACAACGGAAAUUAAUUAAACAGGUUUUUUGCGGAUUCAUUUUAGUAGAAACUAGAAUAUAGUAAGUAAAAACAACCAGCAUCAACAUGGCUCAUGAAUCUGAGAAAUCUUUAUUGGAUCAACACAAGGAGAAACAUUUCACCGCCGGCGAGAUUGUCCGGGACAUAAUCAUCGGAGUCUCCGAUGGACUAACGGUGCCGUUUGCAUUGGCGGCGGGGCUAUCAGGGGCAAAUGCGUCUUCCUCUAUUAUUCUUACUGCUGGUAUUGCUGAGGUUGCUGCUGGUGCCAUCUCCAUGGGACUUGGAGGUUACUUGGCUGCCAAGAGUGAGGCUGAUCACUAUAUGAGAGAGCUUAAGAGGGAGGAAGAAGAGAUCAUUUCUGUACCAGAUACAGAAGCAGCGGAGAUUGCAGAAAUUUUGUCACAAUAUGGGAUUCAGCCCCAUGAAUAUGGACCAGUUGUGAAUGCUUUGAGGAAGAACCCACCGGCAUGGCUUGACUUUAUGAUGAAGUUUGAACUUGGUUUAGAGAAGCCAGAUCCAAGAAGAGCGCUGCAGAGUGCGUUUACCAUUGCCGUUGCUUACAUCUUGGGAGGACUAGUCCCUCUGAUCCCAUACAUGUUCAUUCCAAUCGCAAGAAAGGCUGUUGUCGCUUCUGUGUUGGUAACUUUGCUGGCCUUACUAAUCUUUGGAUACGCCAAAGGUCACUUUACUGGAAACAAGCCGUUUAGGAGCGCUUUUCAAACUGCACUCAUUGGAGCAGUUGCAUCUGCUGCUGCUUUUGGCUUGGCCAAGGCUGUUCAAGGCGGCUAGGACUCUGACAUUUCUGUUUCUUGUAAUGUAACUUUCUUCUUCUUCUCAUCUUUUUGAAAAUUCAGACUUGUGUUCUUCCUCACUAGUUUUUGUGUAUCAUGUUAUGAUAGAUGUUGAGGCAUUAAUUUGAAUCGCGCCUUAGUGUUAAUGUGCUUUAA